AUGGAUUCAAUAGCUGCUCCCACCGGCCAUCGUCGCCGUCGGAGCACACUUACAGCUAACCCGAACCCCGGCCAACCCUCCAAUUCGCGAACUUCGCGACCACGUGCAACCAGCAUUAAGAACCCUGGUGACCUGGAAGUAAAGAUUUCCGAAGAAAAUCGUAGCCGGGACGCGUCUCGAUCGGAAAGCAAGGACGAAGAUAGCCUGUCAGAGGAGGAUUUACAUGACGAUGAAGAGACGGGCUUGACGAAGAAGGAUAAGCGAAGGAAGCAGGCCAAGCGACGACGAAAUACCAGAUUAGACCAGCGAAUCGCAAGAGACAGAAUCACAGAUGAGGAACGAAAGGAGGCAGACCAGAAUGUCUUCAGGAAAUUGGUCAUUAAUGCUAUCCUUAUAGGCCUCUGGUAUCUGUUCUCGUUGUCAAUCUCUUUAUAUAACAAAUGGAUGUUCGAUUCCGGCCAACUCAACUUUGCGUUUCCCUUAUUCACGACCGCGACGCACAUGCUCGUACAAUUUUCCCUUGCUAGUCUAGUAUUAUUCUUCGUACCCUCCUUACGGCCCUACCAUGCGCAGUACAACUCCGACCUGGGCCGGUCGAGACACGAGGCUGAGCCUGAGCGUCCGAUUAUGACCAAGCUGUUUUAUUUGACGAGAAUUGGACCGUGUGGUGCGGCCACGGGGUUGGAUAUUGGACUAGGAAACACUUCCUUGAAGUUCAUCACCCUUACUUUCUACACUAUGUGCAAAUCCUCUUCCCUAGCUUUUGUACUCAUCUUCGCCUUCGCCUUCCGCCUCGAAACUCCUACGUGGAAGCUAGUAGCUAUCAUUGCAACUAUGACUGGUGGUGUAGUGAUGAUGGUAGCAGGCGAGAUAGAAUUCGAACUGGGAGGUUUUAUCCUAGUCAUAUCCGCCGCUUUCUUCUCCGGCUUCCGCUGGGGUCUCACACAAAUCCUAUUACUCCGAAACCCGGCCACUUCAAAUCCAUUCUCUAGCAUUUUCUUCCUCGCGCCUGUCAUGUUCCUUACUCUGAUCGUCAUCGCGGUACCUGUCGAGGGUUUCUUCGAAUUGAUCGAGGGAUUGAAAGCGUUAAGCGAGGAGUGGGGUCCUCUCAGGACUCCCCUGAUUCUCCUUUUCCCAGGUACCAUCGCCUUCUUAAUGACGGCUAGCGAGUUCGCUCUACUGCAGCGAAGCAGCGUCGUCACACUUUCCAUUGCUGGUAUCUUCAAGGAGGUUGUCACGAUCUCGGCCGCAGCGUUGGUUUUCGAUGAUAAGCUUACUCCUAUCAACAUCUCUGGCUUAGUUGUGACAAUUGCUGCUAUCGGAGCUUACAAUUGGAUCAAGCUGUCUAAGAUGCGCAGUGAUGCUCAGCUAGACGCCCAUAACAAAGGCUAUCAACAAGCGCAGUCUGGUUCGUCGAGCGAAGUCGAACGCGGAAGCGAUUCUGACGAGGAAGAAACCGGACUUCUAGCCCACGACGACGCGAGCGGUGUCGAAGACAAUCUGCUUACGGCUGAUGGAGAUGCCAUACCGAACUCGAGACCUUCAAGUUCCACCGAACCCCAUCGGACGGAGCGUUCUCGAGAGGAUUGA